CACCGACGAGAUAACAGUGCCAAAGGUUGGACGCGUCAGCAUUCAGGACCCGAUGCAUAUGGUGCUCAUCGCACCCCCGGAUUCGUUCAAUAAUAGCAAAUCGUUGGCAAUGAAUGGCAAACACACCGCCAGUCUAUUCAUGCCUUUGGAUAAGUCUAAGUGGAGAGAGACCUCCAGCUCUACCAUCUGUAAUGAGAUGACCACCGAUGCCUUCAAAGAUGAAGACGGAGUUAUUCAAAAACCCAAAUCAAUAUCGAUGUCAACCGAAACUCUGAUCGAAAGCAAAGGCAGCGAAUCGUCGGUUAAGACCCGUUCGCGAACCGCUCGUCAGUACGGAAACGAAGCCCAGGAGAAGGCCAUAACUAAUGAGACCGCAUUCGCGGGACCGGCAGGUCUAAUGAAGAACAGCUUUCCGUACAUCGAGAGUGAGCCGACACACAGGGCUUAUUCGCCGCCACACCGGACCUCGUCGUCACCGGUGGUGACACUCGUGGAUACGCCA